CGUGGUAUGGAUCGCUCUAGCCUACCCCUCCCCCGCCCCUAGCGUAAACAUUAUGAUGGUGAUGAUAUUUGGCGCUGUGUCUUCUCCUUCGAUGGCACAAUUCAUCAAAAACUUCAAUGCAAUGGAACUGGAGGAAAAGUACCCUGGCGUUGAACGAGCUGUGCUGGAACAACACUACGUCGAUGACUAUUUUGAUUGCGCGGACACGAAGGAAGAAGCCAUUUAACUGGUGCAGCGAGUGGUGAAGGCACACGAUCACGGAGGAUGCAAACUGGUGAAACUGGGAUUCGCUUGACCCUUCUUUGGUCGCCGAGAAGAAAGGAAGUGACACUCGUGUACUCGGUAUCAGGUGGGAUCUUCUUUCAGAUGAAUUUGUGUUUCCGCUGGAUUUUCCAAAACUGGAUAAGAAGUUCCGUACUGGUGGCACGGUGCCUACCAAACGGCAGCUGCUGAAGUUUAUGAUGAGCAUCUUCAAUCCAUUGUGUUUACUCAGUCCGAUUACAAUACACCUGAAGAUUAUGUUCCAAGAACUGUGGCGGUUGCCAUCCGGAUGGGACGACGAAAUCCCUGAUAGCCUGGUCCCGAAAUGGAUGGAGUUGCUUAGCGAAACUGCUAAGCUGGAAGAAAUACGUGUUGCGAGGUUCUACUUCCCGGAGGUAUCGUCCCUUGCCGAUACUGAGCUGCAUGCUUUCUGCGACGCAAGCAAUUUACAUGGUUCAUCGUCAAAACGGUAAGUCACACGUUGCAUUGGUGUAUGCCAAGGCAAGAGUUGCUCCACUGAAAUCAUCGAUGGUACCACGAUUUGAACUUCAAGGGUAUGUUCUUGCAAGUCAAAUGAUGAAGGUAGUUCAAGACGAACUAAAAAUAGAAUUAAAUAUGCAGUACUUCUGGACCGAUUCUAAAAUCUGCUUAAGUUGGUAGAAGACGAGUCAGAAGCUCACAGCGUAUGUUGGUUCUCGUGUCAUGAAAAUUAAGGAGAAUGGUCAUGGCGUUGAUCUGUGGCAUUGGGUUCCAUCGCAGUUGAACGUAGCUGAUUUGGCUACGAAGUCCUCCAAGUUUGGUUGUAUGCAUGAAUGGUUGAAAGGUGCUGACUGUCUGUAUCGGGAUAGUGUCCAUUGGCCGAACAAUGAACCGCUACAGAUGUCCUCUUCUGAGUUGGUAAAUUUCCAUACCGAAGUGAUUGCUGAUGUUUUCGUGGAUCCGAUGUGCUGUACCGUGGUUGAAGUUGAGUUGGUUGACCUUCCAGAUAUUGAGAGGUUCUCUGAUUUCAAUCGUUUGAUUAGAUCUACUGCGUACUACCUGAAAAUGCGAAAGAUUUUAGCACUGCCAAAGUGUGAAAAGCCUAGAUGUUCGACAUUCUCCGUGAACGACAUGGAUGAAGCUAAGAGUGCCUGGUACAGGAAGGAACAGUCGGAAGUUUUCUCUGAAGAGUUGCACAGUCUGAAGCAGACCGGAUUCGUGAAAAGCAAUAGUCGUUUGAAAACAUAUUCGCUGUUUCUGUAUAACGGAAUCAUCCGUAUGCGUGGUCGUGUGCAGGAUGAUGGAAAGUCGUUUAAAGUGAACAAUCCUGUGAUUCUUCCUGACAACCACCAGUUUUUAACUCUACUGAUUCGCACGUACCAUAUCGCCAACGCACAUCAAGGAAUGGAGACCGUUGUUAACAACAUCAAGGAACGGCACCGUAUCCUGAAGAUUCGCUCACAGGUGAAGAGGUACACAAUGUCCUGUGUCAAGUGUCGUGAGCUUAGAGCAAAACCGACCGUUCCGCAAAUGGGAAACCUACCACCGGAAAGAACAACCCCGUUCGUGUUCCCGUUUACUUGUACGGGUAUUGAUUAUUUUGGACCGUUGUCUGUAAAAGUUGGUCAUCGUGUUGAAAAGAGGUGGGUAGUAUUGUUCACGUGUAUGACAUCAAGAGCUGUACACCUUGAAGUCGUGCCAUCUUUAGACACGGGCAGCUGCAUAAUGGCCAUCCGCUGUUUCAUGUCCAUCCGUGGCUUACCACAGUGUAUCAUGACCGACAACGGUACCAACUUUACUGGUGCAGAUGCUGAACUGAAGAAACUGGUGAGAACUCUGGAUCAGCAGCAGAUUGAAGAUUCGCUGGCUUCAGAGGUGUUUAUUCCACCUGGUGCUCCACAUUUCGGAGGUUGCUGGGAACGUUUAGUACGUUCUGUGAAGACUGCCCUUCGUGCAAUCCUACGGCAUAGGCACCCUACGGACAUGGUGCUGCGUACUGCUUUGUGCGAGGUAAUGAACACAGUAAACAACAGACCUUUGACACACGUUCCGGACGACCCCCUGGACCCUGAACCGAUUACACCAAACAUUUCGACCAUAACUUUGAUGAACGAGAUCUUAACUGUCGUGCUACCUACAAGCAUUCUCAGAUCUACGCGGAUCGUUUCUGGCACAGGUGGAUAGGCUCGUUUCGUCCGGAGUUGAUCAGAAACCGCAAGUGACCGGACAACAGGAAUUACCACGAUUAUCUCGUCGGUGAUCUAGUGAUGAUAGUGAACGAAUCGCUACACCGUGGAAGCUGACCGAAAGGAGUUGUAGAGAAGAUCUACCAAGAGCCGGAUGGAAAGGUGAGAACAGUUGCAGUGCGGACAUCAAAGUCGACCUACAAAAGACCUGUAAGCAAGGUUGUGCUGCUACAGGCCAUCAGCUCGGUUCCUGGCUUGGGUAAUGUUGCUAACGCUGCCAGUCCGAACUUUUCUACUCGGGUAUCGCAGUCGUCGCACCGUCAA